GCCACAAACCAGUAGGUGGUGGCUGUAUUGUAUCUAUUGUAUCCCUUGGCUGGUGCAUUUUUACAAUUCUCUAGACGUGAAAUUGAGAGUGAAAAGCAUGGCAGAUGAACAAGAAAUCAUGUGCAAAUUGGAAAGCAUUAAAGAGAUCAGGAACAAGACUCUGCAGAUGGAAAAGAUCAAGGCUCGUUUGAAGGCUGAGUUUGAAGCUCUUGAGUCAGAAGAGAGGCACCUGAAAGAAUACAAACAGGAGAUGGAUCUCCUGCUACAGGAGAAGAUGGCCCAUGUGGAGGAACUCAGACUGAUCCAUGCUGAUAUCAAUGUGAUGGAAAACACCAUUAAACAGUCUGAAAAUGACUUAAACAAGCUACUAGAGUCAACCCGGAGGCUUCAUGAUGAGUAUAAGCCGCUGAAAGAACACGUGGAUGCCCUGCGCAUGACAUUGGGCCUGCAAAGGCUUCCUGACUUGUGUGAAGAGGAAGAGAAACUCUCCUUGGAUUACUUUGAGAAGCAGAAAGCAGAAUGGCAGACAGAACCUCAAGAACCCCCCAUACCUGAAUCCCUUGCUGCUGCAGCUGCCGCCGCCCAACAACUCCAAGUGGCCAGGAAGCAGGACACACGGCAGGCAGCCACCUUCAGACAGCAACCUCCACCUAUGAAGGCCUGUUUGUCAUGUCAUCAACAGAUUCAUCGAAAUGCACCUAUAUGUCCUCUUUGCAAAGCCAAGAGUCGGUCACGGAACCCCAAAAAGCCAAAACGGAAGCAAGAUGAAUGAAGAGAGGGUGAAGGGACCUUGAUCGUAAACCCUCCCCUUGGCCACAGUGAUAGAUGUCCUGAUUCUUUUUAAUAUCCCUUCCUUACCCUACUGAGUCUUUUAUUUAAUUUGUUGGAAGAAUAACCAUUCUCUCUAUGCCCUUAUUUCUUUCUGCUCUUGGAAUUUCUGGUUUAAGAACAGCUGUGGUUUGGGUGCUAAUGACUGGGUCUCAUGAACCCUCCCUCUUCUCCCACUCACAUUUCAACUACUGCCCUAGUUUGCAACUGAGCAACAGGUAAAAGGCCCUAGUUGUUUUGUUCCUGAGGACUGGUGCCUAAUGAGCUCUAGGGUGUAAGGUCUGGAGAAGAUCUGUAUCUUGCUUUAGGAAAAGGCCUCAAAGAUUUCCUUCCUUCCUUUUUUGCCUCAGGUUCUGAAGGACAACCACUUUAUUUUUGCUGAAAUUCCCAACGAGCUGAGUGCAUAUAUCUCUACAAUAUUCAGGUCCUCAUUAAAGCCUAGGGGUAACUUAGACAAAUGUUCCUUCUUAUAUUAACUUGUGAGGUCCUGGUGUUAUUUUAUAGUUCCAUCCAAGUCUUCCAGUUAUACUCAAGUUCUAACAUACCAGGUUGGGCAUCUUGAGAUUCCCAAGGUCUUUCCCCAUACUUCUAAUCUUUGAAAACCAUAGAUAUUCCCCACAGUGAAAUUAGAGAGCCAGCCCCUGUUACAAGUCUCACCUACUUCACAGCUUCAAAUACUAGUUUUAUUGCUAUGGUAUAGGUAUUGCAUUGUGCUGAGGAGCCCUAAGCUGACUUUACGUUUGGAUAUUGUUCAAAAACAAUUAUGUUACUCUAAUACAUGCUCAAUGGUCUAUCAUUGUGAGGAUAGAAGUUGAUGUAGUGUUAUAUGAAUGCCAAUCAUUUUAUACAUGUGAAUAGGACUUUACUUUUUUUUUUAUUCUCUCCUUCUUUUGAGUCUGUCUUCUGUAAGAUAGCCUCAGUUAAGGACACUUAUUGGUCACUCUUUUUAUGUGGGUUCUCCCAAAGAAAAGUCACUAAGCCCUUCAAGCCACACAACUCACUUCUUUAUCAAAGCUAAGACUCCUGGUCAUGUUAUUCUCAGACCUAUGGAAAGAAACCAGGGCUGACUUAUCAAAAAGACUUAAUUCUAGGUCUCUAUACCUGGCUGGGGAGAAAAGGGAGAUAUUUACCCUAUUUUUCUUUAACUUUUUGUUUUGUGUUACCAUGAUAUGUGUUCAAAAUAUUAAAGAUUCCUCUCCUUUUUGAAAGUAAAGGUAUUAUGAUAUGAUUUCAUAAAUUCUUUUAAAUAAAUGUUCAUUUGUUGGAAUAAAUGUU